ACACAGACUAAUGCACCUAUAGUUGGCUAAAAGAACAAACAUCACAAUGGCUAAGAGACAAGACCAUGAACGAGAGUAUGCAUUCCAAAAGGUUGAACUCUUCAAGAACAAGAUGCUUGGUACUGGCUCCUAUGGGGCAGUGUGUAAAGCCAAGUGUGACCAGCUACUUUGUGCUGCCAAGCUACUCUAUCCAGUGCUCUUCCAAACGAUUGCUCCCGAUCCUGGCAAAGAACAUAGACACCCGUUUAGAAGAUUCGAAACAGAGUGUGCAUUUCUGAGUCGUAUCAACCACCCCAACAUUGUACAGUACCUAGGGACAUAUCGUGAUCCGGACACAAAUGCACCAGUUCUUCUCAUGGAGCUCAUGGACGAGAGUCUGACACACUUCCUGGAGUCAUCACCUGGAGAUAUUCCCUACCACAUCCAAGUCAUCCUCUCCUACGACAUAGCUCAAGCACUUGCCUUUCUCCACACCAAUGAGAUUAUCCAUCGCGACCUCUCCAGCAACAAUGUUCUACUGAUUGCAGGUAAUCGAGCCAAAAUCACCGAUUUCGGAAUGUCCAAAUUCAGGGACAUAAACGUCACCGGAUUAGCCACAAUGACCACAUGCCCGGGAACACCAGCUUUCAUGUCUCCUGAAGCACUAAAGCAACCACCAGUGUACACUGAGAAACUAGAUAACUUCUCAUUUGGUGUGCUUCUAGUUCAGAUCACAACUCGACAGUUUCCAAAUCCAACUGAUCCAUUUGAAACGAGAGAACUGGUUGAUCCACGAUUUCCGACUCAAGCAAUUCAAGCCAACGUUUCAGUGCCGGAGGUAGAGAGAAGACAAGCCCACAUCAGCCUGAUUGAGCCUACCCAUCCUCUACUGCCGAUUGCUCGUCACUGCCUCAAAGAUAGAGAUUUUGAACGACCAUCUUCCCAACAGCUCUGCCAAACACUAGAUAUUCUCAAAAACACACCAUGGUACCAGGAAAGCUCCCAACAAAACCUGCAUCUGAUCCUCAGAGAGAAAGAUGAACAACUACUAAGAAAGCAACAGGUGAUAACAGAAAAUCAAGAGCUGAUGAGAGAAAUGAAUGAGCAAAUUACACUAAAAGACACACAGCUACAAAAUAAUCGAGAAACUAUAAUACAAAAAAAUGAACAGUUACUACAAACAAAGGACAUCGAAAAUGGUCAAGUCAUUAAAAGAAUAGGCCAAGCCACCGAAACCCUUCAACAAGACAAAGCAGCCCUUCAAACGGAGGCUAAAGCCAGGGAGAGACAGCUGAGGAAACUCAACCAGGAGUUGCAAUCAAGUGAGGAGAACACUUCUGCCCUCCGACAAGCCAUUGAGCAACGAGACAGAGAAGUGGCUCAACUGAGACAAACCCUGGCGAGCAAGAACGAGGAAAUUCACAAUUUAUCGACUCGAAUGUACCAAGUCGCACUGCAAGAUACUCAAACUGCACCAAUGAAACUUAUUACAACAGAGUCGCUACCUGAUGCACCUGUAGAUAUUGGGUACGGAUCCUCAACCGUCAUUGGAAACAAGGCAUACUUUAAUUCGUAUGGAAGUGAAACUAUUUAUGAGUUUAGCAACAAUCAGUGGCACGAGUUACCACAACGCCCUAACGCAAUGCUCACUAUCGUCAGUGUUGAUGACAUGCUCACAACUGUGGGGGGAGGGUCAGUUACACAACCUUAUAGUAGCAAACUCUACUGCUACAUUAACAACAAAUGGGUCGAACAUUUUCCUCCCAUGCCAACGAAACGGAGGGGACCUGGAGCUGUGUACGCUAACAACACACUUGUAGUAGCUGGGGGAUUUUGUGAUUUAAUAAAUUUAAAUACAGUCGAAAUAUUAAACACUGCUAACAUGCAAUGGUCUAUUGUUAGCUCACUACCUGUGCCAACCCAUCAACCAUCAUCAACAAUCUGUGGAGACUAUGUGUACAUGCAUUCAAGAACUAUUGAUCAAGAGAUGUAUUCAGUGUACAAAUGUUCGUUAAGACAACUAACUCAGUCCCAGCCAAGCUCAGCUAUAUGGGAAAAGGUGGUCUCUUUGCCAGUUAGUUAUUCCUCUCUUGUUACUGUCAAUGGCCACCUGCUGGCAGUGGGUGGGUGGGACUCCAAAAGAGAUAAGACUAAGGACAUAUAUCAGUACAACAUGACAUCUUGGACUGUCAUUAGUCAAAUGUUGACACCUCAAUAUGGAUGCGUGACUGCUGCCCUUCCUGGGAACAAACUGAUGGUUGUGGGAGGACAUGGUGCACCAAGAAAAUGUGAAAUAGCUAUUUUUGCGUAAUUUUUUCCUCUGUCUUAUUGUAGUAUCCUAUACAUCCAAAUGUGUAUGUUGUUUCUAUGACACUUCCCUGCAACUAUUAAUAAUUAUUGCUGUUUG